ACGCUGAACGAAAAAGCCGAAGCCGUUCUUCAUCUCCUCCGUAAACAAUCUCCGCUCUCUCUUAAACAGGAGAAGUUCUGUAACAGAGCUUGUGUGGAGAGAUUUUUAAGGGCCAAAGGUGACAAUGUGAAGAAAGCAGCUAAAAUGCUAAGAGCUUGCCUUUCAUGGAGAUCAUCUCUCGGCGUUGAGAGCCUGAUCGCCGACGAGUUCACGGCGGAGCUCGCCGAGGGUUCGGCCUAUGUCGCUGGCUACGACGACGAGUCUCGACCCGUUUUGGUUUUCCGAAUCAAACAAAGCUAUCAGAAGCUCCGUUCGCAGAAAAUGUUGAUACGUCUGGUGGUAUUUACAUUGGAGGUGGCAAUCUCAGCCAUGUCCAAGAAAUCCCAACAAUUCGUUAUCCUAUUCGACGCAAGCUUCUUCGGAUCAGCAUCGUCCUUCAUGAACGUACUCGUCGCCACGCUAAAAAUAGUAGCGGAGAACUAUCCUUGCCGUCUCCACAGAGCUUUUGUAAUCGACCCUCCUUCCCUCUUCUCUUAUCUUUGGAAGGGUGUGCGUGCGUUCGUGGAAUUAUCAACGGUCACGAUGGUCGUAUCAUCAUUGGAUUAUCAGGACUCGUUCGAUUACGAUGACUUCUCCUCCUCAUACCCAUCACGAGUCUCGUCCCUCCGAUUUGACACGUCAUCGUUAAAAUCGAUGGACAAGAUCGGCCCGUGUUCUUCCUCUAGGUUCGCCUUCACUGUCUCCCACCACAGCCUCGACACACUCAAGCCGUGGCGGCUCCCGCUGACCGACACGUCAGCAUCAAAUCUGGGAGCCGCGAGCGCGUACAUCUCACCGCUCAACGCGCGUUCCUUUUCAUUCGCGGCGUCACCGGCGGCUAGGAGCGAGCCACGUGGUGGACGGAGGACGACGGACCGUCACUCUAUCGGAACCCUUCGUGAACCGCGGACGCCGCGCCCGUCGUUCUUCCAGUCGCCGGCGGUUUUCUUCAGGAAGGAGUGCCACGUCAGCAAAACGGAGAAGCCGCGAGAGUCGUUCGUUCCGUUCCUCAAAUUUUAUCGUAGACCGUACGAUGAGAUGACUUAUAGGUCAAAGAUGCGGCCCCCACUUGGCGGUCUUGUUUCCAUCGUCUCUCCUCAAAUCAGAAGACGCCACAUGUCGUUAUCUCAACGGUUCUAAGACCCUCGAGCAAAAAAUUAGUACAUAGGUUUAUUCUGUUGUUCCUGUUCUAAUUACUCGUAUUUGUCCUAACGUGUUACCAAUAAUUUUGAUCAAUUAAUUAUUUUG